AGCUGCUCGGCUUUAAAUGAGUAUGACGUCCAAACAUAACAGACAUUGCGAGUUUGGGCUUCCAAGCGGACGGACGGACGAGACUAGCUCUUCCAGGAAAAGGAUUAGUGGCCAGUUCGCGAGAACCAUAAGCUCUUGUAUAGCCUAUUCUAAUCAACAACUAUAGCGUGUGGGCGAUUUGGCUUUAAUCUUAAAAGAUUAUUCUUUGGAAUAUUACUUUUACUUCUACCAUAAUGUACAAUGAUUUUUUAACAACUUGAUUUGGUUUCACCCCUUUGCCAAAUGUUAUUUGUGGGCUUACGAAACCCGAUAAGAUUGUUGGACUAACAACCUGUUGGGGAGGAUUUUAAUCGCAUUCACCAGCAACCAGCAGCCACAUUCCAGUCGGAGCAGCUCAAACAGUGCACUAAACAAACCAGAAUGAAAUAUUUCGGCGGAGUCGAGGGCGGUGCCACGCACUCCCGGCUGGUAAUCUGCGAUGAGAGCGGCCAGUCUGUGGGUUCCACCAGCGGCUUGGGAACCAACCAUUGGGGAAUCGGUAUACCAGAGUGCGCCCGACGCAUCGCCGACAUGGUGGAGCGCGCCAAGGAGGAGGCGGGUAUUUCAAAGACAACACCACUGACCAGCUUGGGCCUCAGCCUGAGUGGUUGCGAGCAGGAGGCCACCAAUCUCGAGCUGGAACAAGAACUUCGCACCACAUUCCCUGAGCUGGCUCUGAGCUAUGCUGUUUCCAGCGACACUAUGGGCAGCAUGUUCACCGCGUCUGCCAUUGGCGGAAUGGUCCUCAUCUCGGGCACCGGGUCCAAUUGCCUGCUGCGUAAUCCCGACGGCACCACAGCCAAUUGUGGUGGUUGGGGAAACUUUCUAGGGGACGAGGGCAGCGCCUGGUUUAUUUCGUAUCGGGCCGUAAAGGUGGUGUUUGACGACAUGGACAACUUUGAGAAGUCGCCGGCUCCCGUGGACAAAACCUGGGCCCUGAUCAAGGACCAUUUCAACAUCGAAACGCGCUACGACAUGUUGCCCCACUGCUACGCCAAGUUCGACAAGCCCUUCUUCGCCAAUCUAUGCAAGAAGCUCGCCCAGAAUGCUGACAGCGGUGAUGAGCUGGCCCGCGGACUCUUCCGGGAGGCUGGAGUGCACUUGGCCCGUAUGAUCGUGGCUUUGUUGCCGCAAGUAUCCAAGGAGCUGGUGAAGUCUGGCAGUCUGAGUGUGGUGUGCGUGGGGUCUGUCUGGUCCAGCUGGAACCUGUUGCAAGAUGCCUUUACCGCCGAGCUGGCCAAGACGCAUAUAAAGUACAAUCUCAAAUUGGUUCGCAUCACCAAGAGCAGCGCCUACGGAGCAUGUUACUUGGGAGCUGAUAGUGCUAAAUUCGACUUGCCCCGAAACUAUGCGGAUAACAUCACAGUCCUGCAUACCUACACAGGUCCUGAAAAGGCGACGAAAGCGACCAAUGGAGUGCAACCGCUGGGAUGCUGUAAAUGUAAUAAGUAAUUUUAUUAUAAAAUCAUUUCCAAAUACACAUCAUAAUUGCCAAAAGAA